AUGUCUAUGACUCUAUGGACCAACCUCAUUUAUUAGACAACUGCUAUGCUAACAACAACAAACUAACCUACUGAAAUUUUUGAAUCUUUUGAUGAUAUUCUAGAUUUUUUUUGUACAACUUUUAAGCAAUAAAAUCUAAUACAAAAUGUUUUUCCAUAUAUCACUGGAACAUGAAAUUCUUUUGCAUCCCCAAUAUUUUGGACCUCAGUUACUGGAAAUGGUCAAAACAAGACUCUACACAGAAGUAGAAGGUACAUGUACGGGAAAAUAUGGUUUCGUUAUAGCAGUAACAACAAUUGAUAGUAUUGGAGCAGGUCUCAUUUUACCAGGAAAAGGUUUUGUUGUUUAUCCUGUAAAAUAUAAAGCCAUUGUCUUCAGGCCAUUUAAGGGGGAAGUUUUAGAUGCCGUUGUUCGACAAGUCAACAAAGUUGGAAUGUUUGCUGAAAUUGGACCCUUAUCAUGUUUUAUAUCCCAUCAUUCCAUACCUGCUGAAAUGGAGUUCUGUCCUAAUAUGAAUCCACCAUGUUAUAAAACCAAAGAUGAAGAUAUUGUCAUUGCAGCAGAAGGUGAAAUUAGAUUGAAAAUUGUGGGAACAAGGGUGGAUGCAUCUGGUAUUUUUGCGAUAGGAACUCUCAUGGACGAUUAUUUGGGUCUAGUAACUAACUAGUUUCAUUAGUUUCAAACUGUUUUAAUGUAAUUAAGAAGAAUAUAUAUUUUUUAAUCUAAAA